GCCACUGCCGUCCCGGAGCAGGUCAUGCCGCGCUUGCCGCUGCUCUUUCCUCUGCUGCUUCUGCUGCUGCCCCUGCUGGCCUCGGGCCUCGGGCUCCGCGGUGCGGGCAGCCGGCACCCCGACUGCGGUCCGUGCUGGCCGGAGCGCUGCCGGGCGCCAGCAAACUGCCCCGCGCCGGCGAUUUCUGCGCGCGACGAGUGCGGCUGCUGCGCGCGCUGCCUGGGCGCGGAGGGCGCAAGCUGCGGGGGACCGGCUGGCGCGCGCUGUGGCCCCGGCCUGGUGUGCGCCAGCCGAGCCGCGGGGGCGGCGCCCGAGGGUACCGGGCUCUGCGUGUGCGCGCAGCGCGGCACCGUCUGUGGCUCCGACGGCCUCUCCUACCCCAGCAUCUGCGCACUGCGCCUGCGCGCCCGGCACACGCCCCACGCGCUCCUUGGCCACCUGCACAAGGUGCGCGAUGGCCCCUGCGAAUUUGCUCCUGUGGUCAUCAUUCCUCCCCAGAGCGUCCACAAUGUCACUGGGGCCCAGGUGGGCCUGUCCUGUGAGGUGAGGGCUGUGCCCACUCCAGUCGUCACAUGGAAGAAGGUCACACAGUCCCCUGGGGGCACCCAGGUGCUGGAGGAGUUGCCCGGGGACCAUGUCAAUAUAGCAGUCCAGGUGCGAGGGGGCCCUUCUGACCAUGAGGCCACCGCCUGGAUUUUGAUCAACCCCCUGAGAAAGGAGGAUGAGGGCGUAUACCAGUGCCAUGCAGCCAACGCGGUUGGGGAAGCCCAGGCCCACAGCACGGUGACGGUUCUAGAGCUGAGUAAAUACAGGAGCCUCCGCUUCCCAGCUCUGGACAACCGCAUGUAAUGGAGAAGCGCUCUUAGAAGUAUUGAUCAUGGAAUGACAGAAAAGUCAAGUUAUCGAUCUUUGUGCUUUGUGAAGAGUUGGAAAAGCUGUGUCGUAGAUGACUCCUUUUGUAUGUUUUUAAAAUUAGAUGCAAACUAGAUUUGUAUGCAGAUGUAGUUUUUAGCAGGAAAAAAACAUUGGGGAAACAGACAUGCAUGUGGUUUUUUAUACUUUUGAAAUGAAUUGCUCCACAAGAAUUCUUUUUUAAAUUACUCCCUCCCAGGGAGAUCACAUAAUGGUAUGUUUGCAAUUCUAAAGGGCUCAAAAUGAGGCUAUGUGUCAACUGUGACUCUUCACAGGUCAUUUAUCUAUGACCUCUUAGUGGGUGCUCUGUGACUUAGGAGGGAGGAGGGUCCUAGCUGUCCUCUGCCUGACCUUAAGUUACUGUGUGACCCAGGUAGGGCCUUCACCCUCUCUGGGCUCUGUCCUCCUCACCUGUGAAUGUGGCAUUUAGACUGGACGGUACCAGUGUACCUUCUAACCCUGCCGUCCUAGAGCAGAAUGGCUCUAUGGGAAAAGUACAUGUAGUGUGCGGUCGUACCAUUCUUUUUUAAAGUGGUAUUUCUUCAGAAACAAACUACAUUGCUCAUACCAGGAUGUGGACAGCUAGCUGUAGCUCUUCUAUUCCUGCCUUUUCUCCACUGUAAAGGGAUUCAGGCCUAAAAGGGGUGCUUUACCAGACUCAAGAGCCUCUCGGCUGGGCAUUUGGAGAUCAAAAUGUACACUUGGUAGCCCAGCAUUCUCUAACCAGCUGGGCAGUGGAGACCUGGCUCUGGACAUCACAUUGUAAAAGAGGGUUAGUGUUAUCUCUGGGCCAUGGGAUUAGAGUGUAGUAGAAUACAUUUUACUUACAGAUGUUUGACCACAUCCAGGAAUAAGGCUUUCUUUUUUUCUUUUCUAAUAAGAAAAGGGAAAGAGAAUAUUUACUAUUAAGUCUAAAAAAAAAAAAUAGAUUUCUAGGUGAUGACAACUGUUUAAAGUCAAAAUUGGGAUUUCCUAGGUGUGGUCUGUGCUUUGAGUUCAUGAAGCUCUUUUCCAGCUGUGAUCCUCACUCCGUGAGGGCGGGCAGGGCAGGUCCUUUUGCAGGUGAAGAAAGCAGGCUCUGGGAGGUAAACGUACUUGCCCAGGGUCCAAAGGCCUCUGAGAAGGACCAGGACUAGGGGUGCCUGGCCCUCCUUGGCACCCCUUCUACUCCAUGGUGCUGCUUCUUGGGGUAAUCCCAGAACGAUGUGAAGGAAGACACUGCUACUUCCACAGGUUUCAGGGACUUUUUACCAAGGUUCCUCCCAACUUCUAAAGCACACUCUCAUGCCUCUCACAGUGAGCUUUAUACUUUGUAAUCCUUGUUAAAAUUGCAUUUCCUGCCUUUAAGCCUGGCCAUUCCGCAUCUAAGAUAUUGGGAUGGUGUUAUGCUGGUGUAUUAAAUGACAGAAGGAGACUGGCCUGGGAAUCUGGAAACAGGUGGCCAUUUGCAUAGCUGUCCCUGGCUUGCCAUGUGACCCUGAGCAAGUCCCCUUCACUUUCUGGGCUUCAGUGUCCUCAUUUGAGUAAGAGAGGAUGAAACUAGAUGAGUGGUUUGCAGACCUGAAAAAAUUGGAGCCUCUCUUUGAUAACAGUCAGAAUUGAACCUGAUGAAAACAGAAGCUGCUCUUGUCUUCUGGGGGGUUGGGAUGACCAGAAGACCUGCUCAGACCUCCUCCCCACUCAGCACCUCCAACCCCAACACUGCUGUGAUUUAUUUCUGUGUUGGAGGGUCUACGGUUAAUUCCCCUGUGGUUUGAAUGGUUGGGCAAUGAUUUGGACAGGCCCUGAUUGAAAUCAUGUCAGAAGGAACAGGGCUGCGGUGGCUCCUCUAAGGGGCACAUUCUGCAGUCAGUUCAAUCACCUCAAAUUCGCUCCGACCCAGAGAGCAGAGGGGCCCAAGCACGUGGCGGAAGUGCUGAGCAGCAGGAGCGCCUGGGGCUGGCUUUAGCAUCAUCAUUCUGUGCAAAAGUAAAUAAUGUCUCACUGUCUGAAAUUUUUAUCAAAACCAAAAAGGCAGAUUAACCUGAUUGUUAAAAUCUGAUGGCUGGUCAAAUAUGAGUGCUCUUCAGUGGCUCAGAGGACAUGUGCUGCGGCAGCUGCCGUCAAGUGGAGACAGGGUCACGUCCCCCCCACCCCCAACAAAGCCUGUGCUUUUCUACCCUGUUUUCAUAGAUGUCAUGAUGUCACGCUGUACCCUGA